AUGAAAGCAAUACUGCAGCGAGUCCUAUCGAGCUCUGUCAUGAUCAAUGGUCAAAUUGUCUCGGCGAUCGGCCAAGGAGUUCUGGUUCUCGCUGCGAUUGGUCCCGAUGACACAAAGAAAGAUGUCGAAACCAUGGCUUCCAAGAUUGUCAAGAUGAGGCUGUGGCCAGACGAGAAUGGCGUGAACUGGAAGAAGAGUGUCCAGGACAUCGAGGGAGAGAUCUUGUGUGUAUCACAAUUUACGUUGAUGGCCAACACGAGGAAAGGUACCAAGCCGGAUUUCCGUGGAGCUGCUAAGCCAGAAGUUGCGAAAGAGCUGUAUGACUACUUCGUGACUCGCGUCUGUGACCAGCACGGCUCGGAUAGAGUCAAAGAUGGUGUCUUCCAAGCCAUGAUGCAAGUUAGCAUUGUCAAUGACGGCCCAGUUACCAUCGAGAUUGAUACAAGUCCCCCAAAGAAAGACUCGGCGAGCAGCACCAAAACUAGUACAGGAGCAUCGACGCCAGUGCAGGAGGAGACUAGCUGA